AUAUAACAAUAUAAUAAUAACAUCAACCCACAUUAUUGUAGACCACUAACUAACUAACGAUCUCUCUCAUCUACCGGUCACAUGGAAGACUUUUCUCCAUACACGACUAACAAAAUUUCAAGCCCGCCAUAACUAUCAUAGUUAACAACAGAUUCACUACAUAAUACUCCUCCUCCACUAACUAUACAAGUAUAAAUUGAUGGUACUGAGUCACUACUGAAUAUAUAACCACAUCCUCAGUACGUAUCUAUAGAAAUCAGUAUACCUUUACCCCCACUAUCACCUCCGGGACAACUCAUAACUAUAAGAAUACCCAAGUUAACUACUAUUAACUAUACCUACCCAUUUAUAUUACUAUAAACUAGACUAUUAUACCUAAUCAAAUCAUACAUACACAGACUAUAUAUUACUACAUGUCGCUAACUCAUAUAUUAAGCUUACUACGAGGUCCGUCUCUAGUACGAAUCCUUAAGAAGUAUGCUAAAUUUAUUGGUCCUGGACUUAUGGUAAGUGUAGCUUAUAUGGAUCCCGGAAAUUAUUCAACAGCAGUAGCUGCUGGAUCAGCUUAUCAAUAUAAAUUAUUAUUUCUGAUCUUAUUGUCUAAUUUUCUCGGAAUCUUUCUACAAAUUCUUGCUGCUAAAUUAGGAGCAGUUACUGGACUUGAUUUAGCAGCAAAUUGUCGAGCAAAUUUAUCAUCUCGAAUAAAUAUCUUCAUUUAUAUAUUAGCUGAACUUGCUAUAAUUGCAACUGAUUUAGCUGAAGUGGUUGGAACAGCCAUUGCAUUAAAUAUUUUAUUUAAUUUACCCUUAAUUUUAGGAGUUAUAGUCACAGUAAUAGAUGUCCUUAUUGUACUUAUGGCUUAUAGACCAAAAGGACCUUUAUUAUUUAUAAGAAUUUUUGAAUCAUUUGUAUCAAUUCUUGUAUUUGCUACAGUUAUAUGUUUUGCUAUAGAAUUAUAUCAAGUUAGUAAUGAUCCUUCAAUAAAUUUUAAUGUUAUUGAUGUAUUUAAAGGAUUCUUACCUAAUGAAAAAGUUAUAGAUACUGAUGAACGUAAAGGUGGCAAUGGAUUAUUUCUUAGUUUAGCUAUUUUAGGUGCAACAGUAAUGCCUCAUUCUUUAUAUCUUGGUUCAGGUUUAGUUCAAGCAAGACUUAAAGAUUUUGAUGUAAAACAUGGUCAUUAUAAACCAUUAUCAAAAUCAAAAAUUGAUGAAUCUCAACCUUUAUCUCCUCCAUUAAAUCCUAUUGAAUCUCCAUUAGAUGAUAAUAAUUUAACUCCUUUGGCUACUCCUUAUAAUGAUACUAAUGAUCCAUUUAAUAAUAUUAAUGCUAUUAGUACAAGAAUGAGUGUAAGAUCAAGUCUUAUAAGUCGAGUUAAUUCUCGAAAUCAUGAUGAAAAGGAUGAAGAAACUACUUUGGCUAAUAUAGAAGAUGAAGAAGAAGAAGAAGAUACAGAACCAUAUCGUCCAUCGAUUCAUGCUAUAGAUGAAACUAUGAGUUAUACCAUUGUAGAAUUAGUGAUAUCAUUAUUCACAGUAGCUUUAUUUGUUAAUGCUGCUAUUUUAAUAGUGGCUGGUGCAACUCUUAAUAAUAAAAAUAACGAUUAUCAUGAUGAUCAUGAUCAUGAUCAUGAUAAGUUUAAAUAUAAAUUUAUGUUUAAACGUGAUGAUGAUCAUGAUGAUUAUGAUGAUUCAGAUGAUGAAUCAUUUGAAAGUGCUGAUUUAUAUACCAUUUACAAUUUAUUAUCAAAACAUUUAUCACCAACCGCAGGAUUUGUAUUUGCUUUAGCACUUUUAUGUUCAGGACAAAGUGCAGGAGUUGUAUGUACAUUAGCUGGACAAAUGGUUUCAGAAGGGUUCUUAGCAUGGAGUUUACCUCCUGUAACAAGAAGACUUAUUACAAGAGGGUUGGCUAUACUUCCAUGUUUAUUGGUAGUUGGAUUAUCAGGUCGUGAAGGUCUUGCUAAGAUUCUUAAUGCUAGUCAAGUAGUAUUGGCUAUUUUAUUACCUUUUGUAACCGCCCCAUUAAUCAUGUUUACAUGUUCAAAAGAUAUUAUGAGAGUACCAAUCUUUGUAAAGGAUGGUGAUGAAAUCUUGUAUGAUGAAGAAGUAUUGAAUGAAGAUGAAUUAGGAAUUCCAUCCUCUACGGCAACUAAUGGUAAAUCCAAAGCUAAACGAUUCCAAAGUUCAGAACUGGCUAUAAGACUACAAGAAUUACGAAAUUCUCAUCCUUGUGUGGGAUGGAGUGAUGAAGAAGAAGAUAUAAAUCAUAAUCAUCAAGAACUUCAGAAGUUACUUAAUUCAGAUAAUCCUAUACCUCAUGAAGAUAUUGAAUCUACAUCAGCUCAUGGUCAUGGUCAUGGUCAAGUUCCAUCUCCAUCUCCAUCUCCAUCUUUAUCUUCAUCACCAUCUCCUGCCCCUCUGCCAAUACCUAUCCCAAUACCUUCUGGAUCUCAAUCACAGUCUCAAUCUCAAUCAUUUCAACCUCAUGAGUAUACUGAUGCCAAUCAUGAUAUAUACAGAAUCAAAGGUUAUAAGGACUUCAGUAAUGGUCCAUUAACUGCUCUUGUAGCUAUACUAGUUUGGGGAUUUGUUACUCUCCUUAAUAUUUACUUAUUAGCCAGUAUGUUAUUAGGUUAUGAUGUACCAUUUUAAUUCAAAAUACCAUACAAUACAAUAAAAUGAUAAUAAUAUAAAGUCACGUAAAUUUCAACUAUUUAUAUAUAUAAAAAAAUCACUGGUAGGACUACUA